AUGAAAUUCGGGCUAAACUAUGACAAACACAUAGUACCCAAGUGGUCGCAACAUUACAUUGACUACAAUGGGCUGAGAAUGCAGCUUCGGGCCAAGAUUCAGCGUGGGGAAAGUAUCCAAGAAUUGAGCAAUGAGCUCAUCGCCGAGAUUGCACAUGUCAAGGAAUUUUACAUCAAUGCCACUGCGGCACUCGGUGCAAAUGGCGACGCGACGGUUGAGCUAGACGGCGAGGGACAGCCGCCUGCUAAUGCAGUCCCGGACGGCCCGGUAGCCGCUUCUCCUGAUUCGUCUUCUCAAAGUAAGGCUGGCGCCUAUUAUACAACAGACGACUACAAUGAGCUUCGGAAGUUUGGAAAGCUCAACAUUAUUGCGAUUCGGAGGCUUCUUGGCAAGUUUGCGGCUACUGGCCAAGCCACAUCACAGGACCUUGGCCGCGCGGAAUCGGAGCUAGAGGAGUGGGCUGAGCCAAAACAGACGAUCGACGAGAGUCUGAAUGCCAACAAUCGUCCAUCAAUUGGUAUAGAGGUAAAGCUGAAUGAUACUGCACCGUCUCUUGAUGGGCGUGGUGCUGGUGAGAAGGCACCUUCUAGCUCUUUGAGAAUGGUUUCCACGCCUCGAGAUGACAUCGAUCGGUUUCUUGCGCCACAAUCUCUUGAAAGUUUUGAACGCCUUUUCAAUAGUCAUAUCAAGAGGCACCCGAUCUCUGGUAUGGAUUCAGACCAGGGUCAAUUUUUCGGCAGGCUGCUUUGCUUGGUGGCCAGCUGUCGCCCAAGCAGCUUCAUCGACGCCAUAUUGAAGCAUAAACCUGAUAUUGGCGUCAAAACAUCUCGCGGUGAGUCGGCUCUCUAUUGUGCCUCUCAAUCCGGAUCACUAUCAGUCGUCCAGUCAGUUGUCAAAUAUUUCCGUGGAUGCGAUGAGGGCCUGGACUCCGCCGUCCCGAGGACUGGAUGGACACCGCUGAUGGUUGCAUGCGCAAAGGGGCAUGCAGAUGUCGCUGCCUACUUGCUGUCAUCCGGAUCUGAUGCGCAAAAAGUCGACGUGUUGGGCUGGACCGCUAAAGAGCAUGCUGCCUAUCGUGGGCACCUUGACAUUGCGUCUCUUGACGGCUUUGCAUCGGCCAGUAUAGCAGACGGCGGACUGGCAAAAAGAGUUGGCCUCACCAAGAAGUCUGAGCACCAUACUCUGACUCCUGAUAAGAAGGCCGUUGUUGUCACGCUUGGCAGUAUCCAAGGGGGCCACGAUCGAAAAACCCUGAAGCUGAAUCACCAAGUCGGUGGAAGCGACGGCGCUGGCCUUGAGUCCAAAUCUCUGGAAAUUAUCAUUGGUGGCGCUGAUUGUGCCUCAAAGUUUGUGCAGCUUCCUCUCUGGGAGGACCAAAGUGUAAACCCUCUGGUGGGUAAACUGGACUUGGGCGCGCAAGUACAGGUAACGGUGCGACUCUGGGAUAAUGGCGGCACUCCGGCCUCCAACAGAAUACUGGCAAGCAUUGGUACUGUUUUGCUGAGCGACGAUUAUGCCAGAUACGGAGCCUCGCGAGAGAGCAUGCUUCGAGAGACGACCGUCAUCAUGCUUGACAAGGAAACCAUGGAGUUCUCCGGCACCGUCCUAAUCAGCUACGUGAUUGCAACCCCUUUUGAAGGCCUGGAUAACCUUGAAGCGGCAAGCUACAAGAGAAAACCAGGUGAUCCAGUGCGAUUAGUCGGUCAUAGAGACGUGCAAAUUACCCGCGAUCUUGAAGCCGUCAUUUAUCACGACUUUUCCUUCAGCGGAUCAGGAUCCGAUGUGCCGAUUCACGACAUCUCACUCGCACAAUACAAGUACGCGGGCGACAUGCAGAACCCUAGCGGCGCGUCGCUCCUUGAAGCGGGCACGCCGAGACCACGCGCUUUUUCCAGUGGCGAGGACUCUUUAUUGAAAGCAUUGCAAGCACAAGAGCGCCUGCGAUGCACUGUCGACUUUGAUGGCAAGGGCUUCAAGGCCAAUAUCCGGGGACACUCCAUCCAGGACGCGCACGCCACUCUGGAAGAGCUCCUGGCGACUCUGCCAGAGGAAAUUGGUUUCAAUAUCGAGCUGAAAUAUCAGCGACUGCACGAAGCGGUGGAAGCAGGGGUGGCUUCCGUCACCAUUGACAUCAACACCUUUGUCGACGUGGCGCUUGAAAAGAUUAAACGGCUCGCGGGCCGUCGACCUAUUAUCCUCUCGUCUUUUACACCUGAAAUUUGCAUUUUGCUAAAAUUCAAGCAGAAUGCAUAUCCCGUCCUGUUUAUUACGAAUGCGGGCAAGCUUCCAAUGAUGGACAAGGAGCUGCGGGCUGCAAGCCUUCAGAUUGCAUCAAAGUUUGCGAGAUACUGGCAGCUUUCCGGACUGGUGCUUGCGUGCGAUACAUUUCUGCUCUGUCCCCGGCUGAUUUCUCUCGUCCAGAAUGCGGGACUGGUGUGCGCUUCGUAUGGGCUGGGCAAUAAUGAUCCAGUAAAUGCAAAGAUACAAGCUGAUGCUGGUAUCGACAUUUUAAUAGUGGAUAAAGUGAAGCUCAUUGCGGACGCACUGGGAAAGCUGCCUUUUACAGAGGAGUAA